AUGAAAGUGGUGCCAAGAGGAGCCAAGCUAGAGCACUCUUUUGUCUGCCUCCUUCGCCUGAGCAAGUUGCGCCCAUUUUCGGUCGUUUUCGCUGACAUCGCCAUCGCCAGAACACAAGGAGCAAAGUCUUCGUCUCCGUCGACUCGCCUGAGAAUCCCAAGAGGCGUGCUUGUCCAAUACUCCACGUCUGAGCCGCCCCGGCCUCGCCUUGGCCCACCACCAGUCAAGGGCGCACCUACCAGUCCUCCGACAAGGCGCUAUAAUACAAGGAGAUCGCUUACCAUUGCCGGUGCGAGCUCUUCCAGAGGACUCCCAAAGAAGAAAGCAAAGGUCUCUGAGCCAAUUGAUCUAACCGAGUCAUCUUCAGAUCCUGAAUCAGAGCCUACGCCAUCUCCACCGCCUGUUGAAAAAUCUCCGCCGCCUACUAAAAGGUCUCCAUGGCUUGCUAAAAAGUCUCCACCUCCUACCAAGAAGCCUUAA